CACAGAGCAACGUCUGGAAAAGAUGUAGUGUUUUUUUUGUUGCAUAUGGUUUGCGCAGAGGCACAGCUGUGUAGUGGGGAGGUUGUACGGUUAAAACGAAAUUGGUCGUCCUUGCUUCAUGUCGUAGCUUUAGAACCACUUAUCCGAAACCCUUCACAGUUGACACUGCACUUCCUUGGAUCCUCAGAAAUACACACAUGAAGUUUGAAGUCGAUCGGCUGAGUGGUUGUCAAGAAAAUCAAAGGAUGGACGGAGGGACAGACAGAGAUUUUUCCAUUUAUUAGUGGGAUUGCAUUGUUUGAGGUGUUGGUUGGUACAGAUUAGUAACAAGAAAGCAGUGGUAGCAACCACUUUCUGGAUGUGAAAAAUAGAUUUCUCACCUUAUCUCCUGAGUUUAUUACAUGUACAGAGAGACAGAUGUGCCGACAUCUGGGGGAGGUUGCACCUCAUCAGGCAGCGUGGUUUUCCUGACCACUGUACUCAUCAUCAGAUGGCUGAGCGGGAAGGCAUCUCACUGCUACAGUUAGGGCUUAAUGGUCAUUGGUGGAUAAGGAAGUACACUAUAAACCCAAAUACCAGAAGGAGGGACCCAGCAGUGUGAAUACCACUCACCUGGCCUGCAGGCAUCUACACAUUCCGCUUGCUGUGUGCUGAGUGAUCAACAGGACCAACAGACAUGGGGAAGCAGAACAGCAAGCUCCGUCCUGAGGUGAUGCAAGACCUGCUUGAGAGCACCGACUUCACCGAACAUGAGAUCCAGGAGUGGUACAAGGGCUUCCUGAGGGACUGCCCCAGUGGGAACCUUUCCAUGGAGGAGUUCAAGAAGAUCUACGGCAACUUCUUUCCCUAUGGAGAUGCUUCAAAGUUCGCUGAGCAUGUCUUUCGCACAUUUGAUGCUAAUGGCGAUGGGACAAUAGACUUCCGGGAGUUUAUCAUCGCACUAAGUGUGACGUCACGUGGCAAGCUGGAACAGAAGCUGAAAUGGGCAUUCAGUAUGUAUGACCUGGAUGGGAAUGGGUACAUCAGUAAAGCUGAGAUGCUGGAGAUUGUACAGGCAAUCUAUAAGAUGGUGUCCUCGGUGAUGAAGAUGCCCGAGGACGAGUCAACACCUGAGAAGAGGACAGAGAAGAUCUUCAGGCAGAUGGACACCAACAGGGAUGGCAAGCUGUCUCUGGAGGAGUUCAUCAAAGGCGCUAAGAGCGACCCCUCCAUCGUCCGCCUGUUGCAGUGCGACCCCAGCAGUGCUGGACAGUUCUAAACCUGAGGCAUCAACGUAACCUGGCUCGUUUGGGUGACUCGAAAUGCCCUUAACUCUCCACUACGGAGCAGAAUGAUGAUGAAGGAUGACAAGCUGAUGACGACGAAGAAGACAGGCCUUCAAUUUGCACUGAGGACUUCAAAGAUGGGCACAGGAGCCGCACUCUCAGAUUUCCACCUUGAGUCGUUCAUCCAAACCCUCCAAACCCCAACAAUGACUGAACCUGAAGACUUUCCUAGACCCUCCUCAGGUUAUCUAACCCCCACUGAUUGUAAUUGACCAGGACCCCUCAGUUCUCCUAUAGGCAUGUCAGAGUAUAAAGGUCUACAGUAGGAUGUAUAUAAACAGUAUAAACUGGAGUCUCUGUAUCAGUGUCUUUGCUUGGCUCUCUGUGCCCUCUGAGGCUCUAGCCGGGGCGACACAGAGCCUCUAUCACUCCAAUGUGUAUCAUAGACAGAGUGUGUGCAUGAGACGACAAGCGAGAGAUAACAGUGUUGAAUAACAGGACAUACUGUAGGUGAGCGAAUUUAAUCUACAGAGAGGACUUGUGAAGUUUGACCUUCACUCAGAAUGAGUAGAGCUUUUAAUUUCCUCUUUUCUACUGUGAGAAUGUGUACGCAUGUUAAUGUGUUUUGCAAACUUGAUAGACUUUGUUUCCUAUUUUGUGCUGGGACAACAAAAAGAUGUAAAAUUAUGCUACUAUGCAUAUGCACCCUAAUCAGUAGUUAGAUUUUGUGAAGUGUCACUUACGAAAUGAAGAGUGAAACGCAUCCCUUUAGUCAUCAUCUGUUCCGGUGGUUUUUCAUACCCGUAAGAAUUUACAGAGAAUUUUAGAGUUGCAGACUUACCGCGCUCUAUUCUUAAGGUGAAAUAGAAAACUAGUCUUUAAAGUAUUUGAGUAGUGUAGAUAUUGUGCAACUACAUUUGUAAAGCAAAGUCACAUAGUCCAGAAUGCUCAGUUCAUAACAAAUGUUGUGAAAUAAUAAUAAAAAAGGAUGUUUGUGUAUUUAAGCUGUUGCAGGAGAUCGAGCAUGCAAACCAGUCUCUUUUUUUUACACGUACUGUGUGAAGAACAAAGGACAAACUUCUUCACCCUCACUUUCAGACGUCUUGAAAUGCUGCAUGUUGACUCAGUCGUUGAACAGUUGGGUACAGCGGUGUGUAGACUAAAUAACACAAAUGCAUGUGACGUGAGCGCAUGUAUGUGUUUUUAAUGUAUGUUUAUGACUAUCAGUGGAUAAGCGGCCAGUCGCCCAUCCAGCUCUCUGCUCACUUCUGUAUGUUAGCACUGCCACCAUUACUACCAGCGGUAGUCUGUGUCAUUGACAGCAUGCGGACUGCGAAAGCUGACACAUCUAAUGGUUCAUAUGAGUAACUUCAUGGAGGGAAACAAACAACCUGUGCACACAAAGGCGCACGCGGUUUAAUAGGGAUGCUUCAUAGUCAGAGCUGAAAGAUGUCCUCUGUUUCAGUUGAGCUCAAUAAUGAAAUCACCAUCCAGCUGUAUGGGUAACAGGGCCAAACACACACAGGGUGGACCCAACCCGUUAGCACGAGUCCCAGUUCGGGGUAUGCUUUCAACUAAAUGGCAUGUACAGGAUUUAUAGUAUUACAUAAAAUCAAUGACAUGGUCUUGGUGUCCCGCUACAGACGCUCCCAUUAAAUCGAUUAGCAUUUAUUUUGGUCUCGUCUCCUCUCCCUCCUCCUUUCUCUGCUCAGCUGCGACAGAAAACGCCAAAGCCGAGCCGGGCUGGAGGGAGGCCCUGAACCGAGCCCCGCUCCCGGGGCUGAGCAAAGCCCUUUCAGUUACUGCAUUGUUUCCCAAUCCGAAAAGCUUUGAAUGUUUUAUGAAAUAACCGCGGUUUUUUGUAAAGAAAAAAGAAAUGCAGACAAACAAACCAAGAGUCACAACUACUGCAAUGAUACUGUCACAAUGUUUUGCUUUUAUUGUAU